AAGCGCUCCGCUGCAGGAGGAGGGGGAGGGCAAUCCCUGCUUUUAUUUUUCCUUCCUCGCGGCCGCAGUAAAGCUCAAAAACAAACUUGGGCCAGACGAGCUUCACGCAAACAUUUGCGUGUCCGUGUUGGGCUGCUGUGGAGGGAGUGGGGGCUCAGAAGAAAGAAAAAAAAAGCGUUUUCCUCUUCAUGUCUUCUUUGUUGCAAAAAGGGAAAGGGCUCCGCUUAGUAGGAGGAAAACAGAACAAUUGAAUAUCAAGUUAGUGCGCUCAGAGUGUGCACUUUACGCACAGAGCGCACCGUUAAACUGUGAGAUGUUGGAUCGGUCUCGCCCUGCUCCAGCGUGUCUGUGUUUCCUUUGUUAGUGUCAGCUCUUCAGGGAUCACUGUGAUCAUGCGACGUGGUUGAAAGAACCCAAACUUUCCAGCGCAAAACAACAACAAAAGAGACAACAUGGGGGCCAAGCAGAGCAGCCCCGGGUUUGACGGCAGAACUCGCGCUUAUUCCAGCUCAGAUCUCCCUUCUCGGAACACGGCUGUGGCGGAAGGUAUCACGGGGUUUAGGUACACGAAUGGACCCGAUGGCCCGAGGAUCCGGUACACGGGUGGAGGGCCCACCGACUCCGGGCUGAGGAUCCCCACCGGUGGAAGGUCAGGGUCAAACAAUCAGGGUCUGGAUAGCCCAGAUGGAGAUGAUGGCCAGCUGUCCCCAGAGGCGCACAGGCUGUUUAUUGGCUCCUUACCGUCUCACCUGUCUCCUCGCUUGCUGGGAGGGUUCCACUGUCCUGUUUGCUCCAAGUUUAUGACAGCGGAUGAGAUAGAGAAGCACCUACUUGUGUGUUUCAGUAAAACACGCCUUACCUACAACAAGGACAUCCUGUCAAGAGACUCUGGGGAAUGUGCAAUCUGUUUAGAAGAGUUGGAGCAGGGAGACACCAUCGCCAGGCUGCCCUGCCUCUGCAUCUAUCACAAAGGGUGCAUAGAUGAGUGGUUUGAGGUGAAUCGCUCCUGUCCGGAGCAUCCUGCCGACUAGACGCUGCAGAAGUGCAGCUUAACUCUGCAGUUCAUCACUGAGGCUGACUCUACACCCAGACCUUAUCCCAACGCUGCCUGGUCCAGAUGAGCAUCACGCUCUCCUCAGGGACUGCAGGACAUUACGACUCGCAGGACUCCUUAUAUUGCCUCAUUGAACACAGAUGGACUUUGGAUGUUUGUCCUUAUGUUGAUAGAUGGAAAAAAGCCACUGCUGGACAAAUCAUCUCUCUCCGAUUUUUUUUUUUUUUUUUUGUUCUGUUUUUGUGAAUGCUCCUUUUUCAACCCGUCAAGCCUGAAGUGGACCUGAGCAAAGCGGAUUCUGGUCCAGACCUUUUAGGACUGGGUGUUGUUUUGUAGAAGAGGACCUUUAAAUCCAAGAAGUUGGAAGUUGAUUUAGGUCCAGUGACUGCUCCAGAAUGUUGAUGUUGUGCAAUAUGAAAAAUAGCCAAACAAAAUAUAUAAAGCGAAGCCUUUAUCUGCUUUUAAGGGCUUGAUUUCUUUGUUGAUGCUAGUCAGUGAGUAGAGCCUUUUUUCCCCUCCUAAACUGGCUACCGAUGCUGUUUGUUAAACAAUCAUGCCGCCUAAACCAAAAUUGUCUAACGUGAGAUUGUAAAGCUCCAUUAAUCUUGUGACGGUUAUGUAGCACAGUAGCGUGACUGUGUAGUUUAGUGUUGAAGCUAAAGAAAGAUUCAGACAUAUCUAAUUGUGACCCUUACUCUCUCUAAGGAGUGCCAUAAUGUGCUGCUAUGUCAUAGACUGGAAAGUUUUCUGUAACCUUUGAGCCUGUCCGUUGUCUGUCGUUCUCUCUGUUUGUACUGUAAUUAAUUGCGACACAAUAAAUGGUUUAUCUUCGUGUCUUCUUCUAGUAAACGAACCAUUUUAAAGUUCAGUGUUCCUACGCAUUGAAUAAAAUAAGCCCUUUUUAAUUAAGACAA